UCAGAAUGAAAUGAAGGCCAAUUGUACAGAACCUAUCAAGGAGAUUAACCAAGUUGAAUGUGAAACCAACAGUAAUGACAACAGUAGUCACCAUGGAAUUUGCGCAAUAUGUCGGAAUAAGAUAGUUCUCCAAGAGACUGCUCUCGUAAAAGGUUGCGAGCAUGCCUACUGUGUGAAUUGCAUUUUGAAAUGGGCCUCGUAUAAAAAAGAUGCCACAUGCCCUCAGUGUAAAAAUCCAUUUGAGUUCUUGAAUAUUCAUCGUGCGCUUGAUGGAAGCAUUCACGACUACAUGUUUGAGGAGAGUGUCCACCUACUUCUAAGGGCCUCAUGGUUUAAAAAGCCUCUAAUUGUGGUUGAGCAAGAGUUGGUGUAUGAAGAAAGCGAAGAGUAUUAUUAUGAGGAAGAUGAGGAAGAGGGAGAAGAAGAUUUAGACGAGGUUUAUUUAGAUAGGUCCGGAGGCCUUAGCCUUGGGAACAGGAGAUGGGGUGACAAUGGGUAUGUUCGGGCUGGGAGGCAGGAAGCCCGGCCCAAGGACACUGCUGCAGGCACGUCUCGCGGGCCCAAGAAGAAAGAGGGCCCAUCUAAAGAAACAGCAGUUGGCCGACGUGCAAAACGGGCUUUGAAGCGUGAGGCGGCUGACAAGGCAAAGCAGGUGGAAAAUCUGCCUGGUUUGGGCCCUGUGUAGAUUUUCAUUGAUGGUUGAAAGAAAAAAUGACUUGGUUCUUAUUGUGCAGCUUUUUUAGUCUGUGCUCUUUUGAAUGUGAAAUAAGUAUAUUGGUUUUAUGGACUCUGGAAAAGAAGGUCCAGGAGUCAUUAUUUGCUUCCCCAACUUUUCUUUGGUUUAAAGUAUGUUGGUUGGAAUAAACUUCUGUAAUUUGGAGUUCGUGGUGGUUCAAUUUAAUUUAUUAGACUUUGAUUUGGAUACUGUACUAAUAUGUUUGAAAUUUCUGUAUAAAUGUUGCUCAGCUGAAUCUUGGAAUUUGAAAUGCCCUCAUAUAUUAUAUAUUGGAAA